AUGGCACAUGGUGAUCUGAAAGAAAUGGCUGUGAUUUAUGACAACGAACAGAGGAAUGGUUACUGCUCUGGUGAAGUUGUGUCUGGACAAGUUUUACUUAAGCUCUCAGCAGCCACCAAAGUCAAUGAUAUACACGUAUUAGUCAAAGGAUAUGCUCAGGUGUGUUGGACUGAUAGACUGUCUAACUGCUCAGAAGAGAGGAAACAUCUGUCCUUAUCAAAGACAAUUUUAGCGGCAACAGGUACUCAAGACCUCAUCCUUGAUUGUGGUAUCCAUGUGAUCCCUUUUCAACUGGAGCUACCUCAAAGUCCCUUGGUUUCCUCUUUCACUGGAAAAUAUGGGAGAGUUUACUAUAUGGUGCAGGCUGUUCUAAAAAGGCCAUUCCAUGAGAAACAACAUGCGUGCAGAGAACUUUCUAUUAUCAGUCAUAUUGAUGUCAAUAUGCCAUCGCUGAUAUCUUCAAAGUCACAAACCUGUGAGAAGAUGAUUGGAUGCUGGAUCUUUACUUCAGGUCUCAUCUCUCUGACUGUCAAUGUGGACCGAAUAGGUUAUUGCAGUGGAGAAUUAAUCCCAAUCUAUGCUCGUAUUGAGAACCGCUCUUCUCGUCUUGUUGUGCCGAAAGCAGUUAUAUACCAGAUUCAGACCUGUAUGGCUAAUGGGAAAAUGAAAAUCGUCAAACAGGUGGUUGCUAAUGUUAGAGGAAAUGUUGUCCCGUCUGACAGCUCUGACAGAUGGAAUGGAAAAACACUGAAGAUUCCUCCAGUUUCUCCCUCUAUUCUCAAUUCGGACAUCCUGAGAGUAGAAUACAUCCUUGAAGUGAGUGAUUAUUAA